AUGAAUAGAGCUUAUAGUAAAGUAAAAAGAAGUCUCAAUUUAUUCCAACAUAUUCAAAAAAGAACGAAAGCACACGAUAUAAAUGUCUUUAUAAACGGUAAAGCUGUUACAGUGCCCAGUUAUUUCACAGUGCUGCAAGCGUUGCAAAGGGAGAAUGUUACGACACCGACAUUUUGUUACCAUGAGCGAUUAUCUAUUGCGGGAAAUUGUCGUAUGUGUCUUGUUGAGAUAGAAGGAAAUUGGAAACCACAAAUCGCUUGCGCUACUCCGGUAUCCAAGGAUAUUAAAAUCCGCACAAACUCUGAAAUGGCGUUGAUGGCACAAGAGAGUGUUUUAGAAUUUCUCUUAGUCGAUCAUCCGUUAGAUUGUCCGAUUUGCGAUCAAGGCGGUGAAUGCGACUUACAGGACUUAACUAUGAGAUUCGGCAACGAUAGAACCAGGUUCACAGAUAUACAUUUUUUAGGAAAACGAGCUGUAGAGAACAAGAAUCUUUCCCCUCUCAUUCGAGCUGAGAUGACCAGAUGUAUUCAUUGUACUAGAUGCAUAAGAUUUGCCUCGCAAGUCUGCGGUAUGGAAGUUUUAGGAACGACCGGUAGGGGAGGUGAAAUGCUUGUCGGCACUUACGUAGACAAAAUGUUUUUCUCGGAGUUAUCUGGAAAUAUUAUAGAUUUGUGUCCCGUUGGUGCAUUAACUGCUAUCCCAUAUAUGUUCAAAGCAAGGCCAUGGGAGGUCAAGAAGACUAACUCCAUUGAUGUCACAGAUGCAACAGGAACUAACAUUGUUCUUAAUCAUCGAUUUGAUAGGGUGUUAAGGGUGUUGCCUCGAGAAAAUAAUGAAGUAAAUCAGGAGUGGCUAUCAGACAAAGGUCGUUGGGCUAUCGAUUCUCUGGAAAUGCAAAGACUGGUAACGCCUAUGUGUAGAAAAGAUGGGUGCUUAUUUCCGUUAGAAUGGGACACGGCAUUAAAAAUGGCCUCAAGAUUAAUUAAAUGCACAACACCUAAUAAAAUCAUGGCUAUUGCUGGCUCGCAUUGCAGUGUCGAAACUUUAGUUGUUGCGAAAGACUUUCUAAAUAUUCUUGGUUCAGAAAACACUUUUGUCGAACGAUGUGUUUCGUACUCGACGUCAGGUAGCGACCUCAGAACGGCAUAUUCUCUGAAUGUAAAUAUGAAGGAUAUUGCUACAGCUGAUAAAAUUUUACUAGUAGGAACAAAUCCUCGUUUUGAGGCACCCAUUCUUAACGCUUGGAUAAGACAAGCGUACGUCUUUAAUGAAUGUGAUAUUUAUGUAAUAGGACCAGAGUGCGAAUAUAAUUACCAUGUGAAUUACUUAGGCAAAGAUAUGAGUGCCUUGUCCAAGGCGCGUGAGGCUUUGAAAAAUGCAAAGAAACCUCUCAUAUUUGUUGGUGUGUCUCAAUUAGGUGCUGGGUAUAGUGGUGGGAUGAUGAGCGCACUGACCCGUUUGGCAAGUAGUUUAAACUCAGCGCCAGAUUGGGGAAUAUUAAACAUAGUUACGUUAGAAGCGAGUUUUGCUGGCGCGUUGGAAGCUGGCUGGAAGACUGGAGCGCUUCCAGCUUUAACACAAUAUAAUCCGACUUUAGUAAUAUCCUUAGGAGCCGACGACAUUUUCUAUGAUUGGUGUCCACCACCUGAAUGUACUGUUAUCUAUAUAGGCUUUCAAGGUGACAGAGGAUCAGAAAAUUCAUCCCUUAUAUUACCAGGCAGUGCUUAUACUGAAUCCGGGGGUAUAUUCUUGAAUAUGGAAUGUCGCUCGCAACAUGCGUUGCCUGCGGUAACCCCACCGGGCAAAGCUCGACAUGAUUGGAAAAUUAUACGAGCUCUAGCUGAAUGUAGUGGUGUUUGUUUGUUUUAUAACGAUUUAAAUUCUCUGUGCUGCAGGUUAGGUCAAGUCAGUCCAAAUUUCACUCAUUUAGAUAAGUAUCAGUCUAAAUUAUUUUCUGAAUUAAUUUCACCAAUGAUUGACUCUAGUGGAAGUACUAGUGGAUCUUUAGAUGUUAAGAUGAAAACGAUUAAAGAUUACUUCUGUUCAGAUGUUUUCACCUAUAAUUCAACAACCAUGAUAAAGGCUCAGAAAGCCGUUAACGAUUUUACAAGCACUUCUAAGUACGUCGCCAUUUGA